AUGAACAAGAUGAAGAACUUUAAGAGACGUUUCUCUCUAUCUGUUCCUCGCACCGAGACCAUUGAGGAGAAUGAAUUCACUGAGCAGAUCAACCAGCUCAACAUUCAGCACACUCAGGGUUUGACUCCCGACAGACUGGGUCCUCCCUCUCAUGAUGCCAGUCCCAUGAGCCCUGAACCCACCACACCAGGAGCUCAGUCUCCCUCCGAACUCCACUACAACAGCAAGGCCCAGCACAGACGUUUCUCCAUGGAGGAUGUCAGUAAGCGCAUGUCCCUGCCAAUGGACAUCCGCCUGCCUCCAGAGUUUCUGCAGAAACUGCAGCUGGAGAGUGAAAACUCACCGCUCUGCAAACCUCUCAGUCGCACGUCUCGACGCGCUUCACUGUCUGAUAUAGGCUUUGGGAAACUAGAGACAUACGUGAAGCUCGGCAAAUUGGGUGAGGGGACGUAUGCCACAGUGUUCAAAGGGCGAAGCAAAUUAACAGAGAACUUGGUGGCGUUGAAGGAGAUUCGACUGGAGCACGAGGAGGGAGCACCAUGCACGGCUAUCAGAGAGGUGUCUCUACUGAAGAACCUGAAGCAUGCCAACAUCGUCACGCUGCAUGACAUCAUCCACACGGACCGCUGCCUCACGCUGGUGUUUGAGUAUCUUGACAGUGACCUUAAACAGUACUUGGACAACUGCGGGAAUCUCAUGAGCAUGAACAACGUCAAGAUCUUUAUGUUCCAGCUGAUGCGUGGCCUGUCCUACUGCCACAAGAGGAAAAUCCUGCACAGAGACCUAAAGCCUCACCUGCUCAUCAACGAUAAGGGCGAGCUCAAACUGGCUGACUUCGGUCUGGCCAGGGCCAAGUGUCCCACUAAGACCUACUCCAAUGAGGUGGUCACUCUGUGGUACAGGCCCCCUGACGUGCUCCUGGGCUCUACAGAAUACUCCACACCCAUCGACAUGUGGUGAGACCUGCUGUCUGCUCUGCUGCUGUACAACACCAGGAGCAGAAUGUCAUCUGAAGCUUCUCUGCGACACCCCCUAACUUCCAGACUCUGGGGGAUAACAUACACAAUUUGGGCAGACACUGGCUCAGUGUUUUCCCUCAGAGAGGUGCAGCUCCAGAAGGACCCAGGCCACCGCACUUCUGUGUUUCAGCCUUUAACUCGAGGAAAGAACAGAAGACAAAGCAUCUUCUAG